ACAGUGAAGCGGACGCAAAAUUACCGUUUUUAAACCCCUCAAAAUUUCAAGUUUCUCGAAAAACGUGCAAAAAACGUGAAAACUUUUUUCUGAAAAUGAGUUCCUACUGCAACCGCGAAACCAUUUCGAUCCACAUCGGCCAAGCCGGAAUCCAGCUAGGAAACGCCACCUGGGAGCUGUACUGCCUGGAGCAUGGAAUCGACCGCGACGGCAAGAUGGCCGAGUCGGCCAACGAGCCGGACAACGUGGCCGCCGCCGACGGGAACAGCUUCUGUGGAACGUUCUUCAAGCGGUCGGAGUCGGACCGGUACGUUCCACGGGCGAUCCUGGUGGACACCGAGCCGACCGUGGUGGACCAGGUGCGAACGGGACCCUAUCGGGAGUUGUUCCAUCCGGAUUGUUUGAUUACGGGGCAGGAAGAUUCGGCGAAUAACUUUGCGCGGGGUCACUUUCACAUCGGGAAGCAGCUGAUCGAGGGCACGAUGGACGUGAUUCGGAGGACGGCGGAAGAGUCUAAUAGUUUGCAGGGGUUCUUCACGUUCCACUCGUUCGGAGGUGGAACUGGGUCCGGGUUUUCGUCUCUGUUGGCCCAGAAGCUGGCGGACAGUUUCGGGAAGAAGAGUAAGCUGGAGGUGGCUAUUUAUCCGUCGCCGCACAUUUGCACCAGCGUGGUGGAACCGUACAACUCGGUGCUGACGACGCACGCCUCGAUGGACAACGCGGACUGCACGUUUCUGGUGGACAAUCAGGCCAUUUACGACAUUUGCCACAACAAGCUGCGCGUGGAUCGGCCGUUGUACGCGAACCUUAACCGGUUGAUUAGUCAGGUCGUGUCGAGUAUAACGGCAUCACUACGGUUUGGCGGAGCGCUGAACGUGGACAUGAACGAGUUCCAGACAAAUCUGGUUCCCUAUCCGCGAAUUCAUUUCCCGUUGGCGUCGUUUUCUCCCGUGGUAUCCGUCGAGAAGGCAAACCAUGCAACUCUCACCAUCUCCGACCUGACCUCGCAGCUGUUCGAGCCGGACAACCAGAUGGUCAAGUGCGACCUCCGGUCGGGCAAGUACAUGGCGUGCUGUUUGCUGUACCGCGGCGACAUAGUGCCAAAGGAUGUCAACGCGGCGAUUGCGGCCAUCAAGAAUCGCCGCACGGUGCAGUUUGUGGACUGGUGCCCGACGGGGUUCAAGGUCGGCAUCAAUCCCAAGUGUCCGGUGAUGGUGCCGGGCGGGGAUUUGGCGCCGAUUCACCGCGGGGUGUCGAUGCUGGCGUCCAACACGGCCAUUGCCGAAGCGUGGCGUAAGCUGGACCAUAAGUUUGACAUGAUGUACGCCAAGCGAGCGUUUGUGCACUGGUUCGUGAACGAGGGCAUGGAGGAGGCCAUGUUUGCGGAGGCGCGGGAAAAUUUGGCCGCGCUGGAGAUGGACUAUCAGGAGGCGGCCAGCGAGAUGGAGGAGGACCUGCCGAAAGUGGAUAGUGAAGAUGCAGAGGAAUUUUAAUAAUCGACUUCCAAAUCAGUUGUUAGCUUUUGAUGUUUGCGUUCAACUAUUGCAUGCGAAUAAAAUGUACUUUACUUUAAUUUAAA